AAAUUCUCUUAAAUUGCAAACUUUCAGAUUCCAAGGAUACAAACAUGGCAGAAUUCCUGUGGACCUUUGCCGUACAGGAAGUGUUGAAGAAGACGGUGAAGCUGGCGGCCGAGCAGAUCGGCUUGGCAUCAGGAUACGAGGAGGAACUCUCUAAGCUGAAGGACUCUUUACUCAUGGCGCAAGCCAUCCUAAGGGAUGCUGAAAGAAUGAAGACAAACCUUGAAUCCCAGAAGCAAUGGGUGAAGCAGCUUGAAGAUAUCAUCUUCGAAGCUGAUAUUUUAUUCGAUGAGCUUGCUUAUGAAGACGUUCGACGCAAAGUGGAAAUCGAAAAAUAUAAGGUGGUACGUAAUUUCUUUUCAUUCUCCAAAAAUCCCCUUGCUUUUCGUCUCAAAAUGGCAAAUAAAAUCACAACUGUGGCUAAAAAUUUGGCUGACUUUAAUUCUACACAAAGUCCAUCGGGAUGUGUUGCUACAAUAUCUAAUGAAGCUGAAAUUGAUCUUAAUCAAACUCGAGAGACAGACUCAUUUCCAGAUGAAAUUGGAGUUAUUGGAAGGGAAUCUGAAGUAUCAAAUAUAUUGGAUAAACUACUUGUCCUCAAUAACCAAAAAACUCUAGUUGUUUUACCCAUUGUUGGUACCGGUGGGUUAGGAAAAACAACUCUCGUGAAGGAGAUUUUCCAUCAUGAAACGAUAAGGAAGAAUUUUGAUACUUUUAUAUGGGUAUGCGUGUCUCAUCCUUUUAAAAUCAACAAAAUUUUAAGAGCAAUCCUGAAAUCCUUGAAUCCUAAGCUUGAUGGGUCAGAUGAAAAGGAAGUCAUUCUUCUGAACCUCCAAGAUCUACUGAGUGGCAAAAAGUAUUUUCUUGUGCUUGAUGAUGUUUGGAACGAGGAACCCAUUCUCUGGACUGAGUUGAGGGCUUGUUUGCUAAAGAUCAAUAAAAAUAUGGGAAGUGCUAUAGUUGUGACUACCAGAAGUGAUAAAGUUGCAGAAAUUAUGGAGACAAAAUACAGACAUCAUUUGAGUCCGUUACUAGAUGAUCAUUGUUGGUCGUUAUUUGAAAAAUGUGCAUUUGAAAGUAAAUUACCAGUAAUUUCUGAUGUCAUUCAAGGAAAACUUGUUAAAAAAUUUAGUGGCAUACCAUUGAUUGUGAAAGUGUUGGGAGGAAUGGUGAUAUCAUGCAAGAAUGAUGAGGAAUUGCAAUCGACUUUGGAAAAGCUAGUGAGAAUUGAAUUGUCAAAGGAAGAUCUUAUUUUAUUCACAAUCAAAUUAAGUGUGGACCGUCUACCAUCUUCUUCAUUGAAACAAUGUUUUACCUACUGUUCAAAUUUUCCACCCGAUUUUUUCUUCGAUAAAGAAGAACUUGUUCAAAUGUGGGUAGCACAAGGGUUUAUUCAGAUACCCAAUGGAAGUAAUGUAACAAUGGAGGAUAUUGGAGCGAGAUAUUUCGAUAUUCUGUUGUCUCGCUCCUUGUUUCAAGAUGUUGUCAAGGAUGAGAGAGGAAAAGUUGAAUAUUGUAAGAUGCAUGAUCUUAUAUAUGAGGUCGCAUGUGCUAUUUCAAAUGAUCAACAUUUGAGAGAGGACCUUGUAACAGAUGGAAAAUCUCAUGAUGAUGAAGUUCUUUUGAUCCGUCGAAGAAGAAGAACAGUUUAUUGUUGUGAAAAUGUACCAUUUGGUAAUCAAGUUAAGAUCACUAACUUCAUUUACUUGCGGGUUUUAAUUAUUAGUGGUAAGUUCGUAACUGAAUUGCUUGAUACAAUCGGUAAAUUGAAACAUUUGAGGUAUCUUGACAUUUCAAAAUCUGGAAUAAGUGAGCUCCCAAAAUCUAUUGUUUUGCUUUACAAUUUACAGUCUUUGAAGCUUCGAAGGGGUAUAAAGCUUCCAAGGAAGUUGAGAAAGUUGAUCAACUUAAGGCAUUUAGAAUUUGGUUGGUGUAAUUUAAAUCAAAGUCAUCAAAUGCCUAAACAUUUAAGUCGAAUGACUCAACUUCAAACGCUUUCUACUUUUAUAGUUGAGUCUGAUGAAGGAUAUAAGAUUGAGGAGCUUGGACCUUUAAAAAACCUUAAAGGUCAAUUAAGUCUUCUACCACUCGAGAAAGUUAAAAGUAAAAAGGAGGCCAUGGCUGCAAAUUUAGUUGAGAAAGAAAACAUCACUAAUCUAUCUUUUGAAUGGAGUUUUAGUAGAGAAGACUGUGUUGACAAUGAUUUGAAUGUGUUGGAAGGGCUUCAACCACACAUUAACCUUCAAGCAUUGCGUAUUGAUAACUUUGGAAGUGAACUUAUGCCCAGUGGUAUUUUUGUUGAAAACUUAAUUAAACUUGAGUUACGGUCUUGCAUAAGAUGUAAAACUUUACCAAUGCUGGGACAGUUGUCCAAACUGGAGGUUCUUGAAAUUUCUGACCUAAGUGGUGUAAAAAGUAUUGGAGACGAGUUUUACGGGAAUUAUUGCGACAAUAAAACUUUAUUUCCUAAAUUGAAAACAUUUGAAAUUUGGAGAAUGGACAGUUUAGAGCAAUGGAAUGAUGUUGCUACUGUGACGAAUUGUACAACUUUUCCUCAUCUCGAACGCUUAACCAUUCGUUCUUGUCUCAAACUAACGAAUAUUCCAAACAUUUUUACAACUCAUAGCCAGAGGUUGGAAGCUGACACGGUGAAUGCAAGGUUAUUUUCAAGUUUUCGAAGUCCUCUAAAGCUUCAAUCUCUAAGCAUUUGUGAUUGUACAAGUUUGGUAAAGCUACCAAACUGGUUAGAAUGUUGUAGCUCACUCGAACAUUUGUGGAUAUGCGACUUUUGUGAUGAUAUUUCAUUUCCAAAUAUGCAAAACUUGAUUACAUUAAGAAUUGAAAACUUUCAUAAUUUGCCGGAGGGGCUCCAUGGUAUUCAUAACUUGAAAGCAUUGACAGUUAAAGGACCAAUGGAGGGUCAUGAUUGGAGUCGAUUCAUACCUUUCAAUUCACUUGAAGUUCUUCAGUUGCAUGAAAAAGGAACUAAUAGUUUGACACAACUUCCUCGACAACUUGAGCUUCUCACUUCUUUAAGAUGGUUGAGUAUUGAGAGUUUUAAUGGCAUUGAAUCUUUGCCAGAAUGGUUGGGAAACGUUGCAUCUUUGGAGACAUUGGAAUUAUUAGAGUGCAGAAAUUUGAAAAACUUGCCCUCGAAAGAAGCUAUGUCAAAUCUAACUAGAUUGAAUCGUUUGGAUGUGCAUAAAUGUUCCCAGCUUGAAGUUGGUGAAGGUAGUGUUGAACGGGAAAAAGUUUCACAUGUACCCAACGUUCGUGUAUCCUAGAAUAACUAUUUUAUAUUUUAUAUUAACAAUUGUACUAAUUCUAUUACUACAUUAAUUACUACGCUUACUUGGA